GCAGGAUUCUGUGCUAUUCAUAGGUGCAGACUGUACAUCUCUACAAACAGAUGACGUCGAUUGAAGCUGACCUUGGUGUGUUUACGUUUCUGUCACGUCUGGAUCGGGCGAACUGCGAUGUGAGCUGGGUACAGUGAUUAACGAAUUUGUGUGUCGUUUUCGUACUCCUGUUUUGGUAGUUUGGAUAGGCGAAGAACAAAAUGACGCCACGACGAAAAGUUCUGGACCUUCUGCAGGUUAUUUCUAGUGCUUCAUGCAAAUGCCCUGCACAUGCUCAUCCUGCCACCAGUUUUGGUGUAUCAAAUAUGCUCGAUCUUCGAUCCCAUGCAAGCUCCACUCCUGAUGCAAAACCAUCGAAAGAGUAUGCAUUUGAGAUGGCAUGUUCAACUAUUCGAUAUGGCCCAGGAGUAACCCAGGAAAUUGGAAUGGAUCUUGUGAAUAUGAAAGCAAAGAAAGUGUGUGUGAUGACAGAUCCAAAUAUUGCAAAGCUUUCUCCACUUAAAACAGCUCUAAAUUCUUUAACAAGGGAAGGAGUCAAAUAUGAAGUCUAUGACAAAGUCCGAGUUGAACCAACAGAAGCAAGUUUACAGGAAGCUGCUGAUUUUGCAAAAGCUGGAAAAUUUGAUGCAUUUGUCGCAGUCGGGGGUGGGUCUGUAAUGGACACAUGUAAAGCUGCCAACUUGUAUUACUCUGAUCCAGAAGCUGAAUUUCUUGAUUAUGUUAAUCAGCCCAUUGGAAAGGGGAAGCCUGUCACAUGUGCUCUUAAGCCUUUAAUUGCAGUUCCAACAACUUCUGGGACUGGCAGUGAAACAACUGGUGUUAGCAUUUUUGACUAUGAGCCUCUGAAAGCUAAAACUGGAAUUGCAAAUCGUGCCAUUCGGCCCACUUUGGGCAUUGUAGAUCCUCUGCACACCCUGUCAAUGCCUGAGAGGGUUUGUAGUUAUAGUGGGUUUGAUGUGUUGUGUCAUGCACUCGAGUCCUAUACAGCCAUUCCGUUCUCAGAACGUACACCCCGCCCUUCAGAUCCUAUCUUGCGUCCUGCAUACCAAGGACAGAAUCCAAUCUCUGAUGUGUGGGCCAAAUAUGCGCUUCAGAUAAUGAGAAAAUAUUUUGAAAGAGCUGUGUACCGACCAGAUGAUGUUGAGGCUCGAUCCAGCAUGCAUCUGGCGUCCACAAUGGCUGGAGUUGGAUUUGGUAAUGCAGGGGUACAUCUUUGUCAUGGCAUGUCUUAUCCCAUAUCAGGCAAUGUGCGAUCAUUUCAGCCUAAAGGAUACAGUGAUGACCACCCAAUCAUACCUCAUGGUUUGUCAGUGGUCAUGAGUUCUCCAGCUGUCUUCUCUUUCACUGGUCCAGCAUGCCCUGAGCGCCACCUGGAAGCAGCAGAGCUCCUAGGCAAAGAUGUCCGCAAUGCUAAGAAGGCAGACGCAGGUCUGAUUCUGGCAGACACAGUUCGUGGCUACAUGAAUAUCAUGAAGGUAGAGAAUGGCCUCAGUGCUCUAGGAUACACCAAAGCUGAUAUUCCGAAUCUUGUCAAGGGAACCCUGCCACAGCAUCGUAUUACAAAGCUUGCCCCAAGAGAGCAGUCAGAAGAGGAUCUUUCGAACCUGUUUGAGAAGUCUCUUACUGUUUUCUAAUGAUUCAUUUGUUAUCAACAUGAAAUGUUAAAACUCUGGGUGUACCUGCUGGCAGCUGUUAUCAUUCCACUGUUUUGCUUGUCUAGAAGUACAAAAAUAAUUCAUUUAUAAAGUAUUGAAUUGGGAAGAAUUUUAUGUUUUACAUGUAGUAGAAUGUCCUGUUUCCUUCUGGUGUUCAUGUAAAGCAGAACAAUGCUUCUAUCACAGGUUUCUCCACUCGAUAGUACAGGAUCAACACACGUCAUACACUAGAUGGCUGAAAAUUUUUGAAUAGUAGCAAGUAUCCUGACAGUAACAUCCUUUGUGCAAAAUACUUUUAAUA